AUGGCGGCUAAGCAUGGGGUUGGGCGAACACAGGGUGCGGAUCAAGAAACGGAGUCUUGUUCUAACAUUAUAAAUUCCAAAAUUUCACGUAAUCAGUGGGUAAAGCUAAAUGUUGGUGGUACGUACUUUUUAACCACCAAAACUACUUUAUGUAGAGAUCCAAAGUCAUUCUUAUGUCGACUUUGCCAAGAGGAUCCAGAUCUUCAUUCAGAUAAGGAUGAUACGGGGGCCUACCUCAUUGAUAGAGACCCAAGUUAUUUUGGACCAGUCCUUAAUUACUUACGCCAUGGAAAAUUAGUCAUUGAUAAAGGUCUUGCAGAAGAAGGAGUUUUAGAAGAAGCUGAGUUCUAUAACAUCACAGAUUUAAUCAGACUAAUCAGAAACAGAAUUCAGGAAAGAAAUGCAAGUUUAAUAAAGGUAUGAACUCUAACAAAAUGUUUGAAUGGUC